UCACUCUGAUACGCUUUUGACACAGCACAAUUAUUUGCUUUUAUUUCCUGAAUUUCUGAUCAAGAUGGUGGGUGCUUAUUUAUCAUGGUGGUAAGAUUGCGAUGGGGCUUAUCUGAGGAGCUCCUAGCUCUUCUUCUCAUCUUCCUGCUUGUAAAGCUCAGUGAUUCCUUCAGAAAAUGUUUGAACCUGAAGGAUCCUUACCAGAGAAAAGCUUCCACACAUCCCUCAAAUCCUUCAGAUGAAAUUAUAAUUGGGGAAUUUGUAUCCAUGACACUUGGCAAUUAUAGGGAACAGAAGUUUAGGGAACAUCCAAUUUCUUCACCAACCCAAGCUUAUCAAGGGGAUCCACUCAAUUAUUACUGUGGCACUGAAGAGGAAGUCAUGGCCACUAUUGGGGGACUCACCUCAGAAAAUUCUAUUCACAUGGCCAACAUCUUAAGUACUUACAAGGUUCCACAGGUUAGUUAUGGAUCAUCUGACCCCAUGUUGAGAGACAAAAUUGGUUUUCCUUCUUUCUAUCGUACACUUAAUUCAUUUUUGAGACAUGUCCGCUUUAACAAUAAUGUUGGAGAUGAAAUAUUUCUCGAUGAAGAUAGGGACUUAGCACUAGGUUAUGACCUCAUCAAUUUUGUGACAUUCCCCAACGAAUCCUUCCAGAGAAUUCAAAUUGGAAGAAUCGAUGACAAUGUUCGAUUUGGAAAAGAAUUCAUCAUUAAUGCAAGUGCCAUUACAUGGAAUCCCAAGUUUCAUCAGAUGGUGCCAAAGUCUACCUGUGUUGAGAGCUGCCAUCCUGGACAGAGCAAACUAAUUCAGCGGGGGAAACAAAUCUGUUGUUAUGAUUGUAUUCAAUGUCCUUCAAAUAGGAUCUCAACACAAAUGGAUGCAGAUGAAUGUGAGCCUUGCCAAGAAGAACAGUAUCCUAAAACAAAUCAGCAGGAAUGCAUUCCCAAAGUAAUGACUUACCUGUCGUAUAAAGAAGGCCUGGGAGCAGCUCUGACAUCUUUGGCACUUUUCCUUUCUCUGACCACCCUCGUUGUGAUGGCGAUCUUCAGGUUGCAUUCAAACACCCCCAUUGUGAAAGCCAAUAACUGGAGCAUUACAUGUAUUCUGCUCGCCUCUCUGUUCCUAUGUUUUCUCUGCUCCCUCUUCUUCAUUGGAAGACCCAGUAAGGUGACUUGCCUUUUAAGGCAGGCCGUAUUUGGCAUCACCUUCUCCGUUGCUGUUUCCUGUGUACUGGCCAAAACAAUCACUGUGGUUCUGGCCUUUGUGGCUACAAAACCAGGGAAUAAGAUGAGGAAAUGGAUGGGGAAGAGGCUAGCAAUCUUGGUCAUUGCACCUUGUUCUUUGAUUCAGAUGGUCAUCUGUGCUGUUUGGUUGGUGAAGAAGCCCCCUUUUCCAGAAUUAGAGAAGCAUUCCCAAGUGGGUGAGAUCAUAGUGCAAUGCAAUGAAGGCUCAGAGACGAUGUUCUACAUUGUGCUGGGCUACUUGGGUCUUCUGGCCGUCAUCAGCUUCACGGUGGCUUUCUUUGCCAGGAAACUGCCUGACAGUUUCAAUGAAGCCAAGUUCAUCACUUUCAGCAUGUUGGUGUUUUGCAGUGUUUGGAUAUCCUUCAUCCCCAACUACUUGAGCACCAAAGGGAAAUUCAUGGUGGCCGUGGAGAUUUUCUCCAUACUAGCCUCUGCUUUUGGUUUACUGAGUUGCAUCUUCCUUCCCAAAUGCUACAUUAUUCUAAUACGUCCUGAAUUAAAUAAGAAGGAGCAAUUGGUAAGGAAAAAUAAUGAUUGACUUUGCUUGAAAAUAAUUAGGAGUGGUAGUUCAGAAAUGGAAGUAUAAGGUUGCCAGUGUGGGUGAAAAUUACUGUCCCUUUGAAGAGAUUGAUUCAUCUGUUAGCUGAAUAAUUCAGAAUUAUUGACUGUUAAUUGUGCUUUUUUUUUGUUAAAUAAAGAUUUUCCCCCAAACUA